GGUGACCCUGGGGCUAGAGGCCCCCCUCCUGCUGACUCUUGAUUGUUCCGUGUCCUCCCAGCCUCCCCACAGUGCUGGUCUCCACCUAGACUCAGCAGAUAUGUCCAGUCUCCAGAUGCUGUGCUCCGGCCUGCCCUUGAGACCCCUCCCACAGAACCCCGGACGCUGGGCUGGGGUGCCACAUGCCCCCGUCAGGACCCCUGGCCUCAGCCCUCUAGAGGAGCAGUUGGCACUGAGGAAUGCCCUACGCUACUUCCCACCUGAUGUCCAGGAACUGCUGGCCCAGGAGUUUGCCCAGGAGCUGCGACUCUAUGGACACAUCUACAUGUACCGGUUCUGUCCCAGCAUUGAAAUGAAGGCCUACCCAAUCGAUCAGUACCCUUGCCGGACAAGAGCUGCUGCAGCCAUCAUGCACAUGAUCAUGAACAAUCUGGACCACGCAGUAGCUCAGUUUCCCCAGGAGCUGGUGACAUAUGGCGGAAAUGGACAGGUGUUCAGCAACUGGGCUCAGUUCUGGCUGACCAUGUACUACUUGUCAAAGAUGACUGAAGAUCAGACUCUGGUCAUGUACAGUGGACAUCCGCUGGGCCUCUUCCCCAGCAGCCCUGGCGCCCCAAGACUGGUCAUCACCAACGGGAUGGUCAUUCCCAACUAUUCCUCCAGGACAGAGUACGAGAAGCUCUUUGCCUUGGGAGUCACAAUGUACGGACAGAUGACAGCAGGCAGCUACUGCUACAUUGGUCCUCAGGGAAUUGUCCAUGGUACAGUGCUCACUGUGCUGAAUGCUGCACGUCGGUACCUGGGCAUUGAGGACUUGGCUGGGAAGGUCUUUGUCACCUCUGGACUUGGCGGGAUGAGUGGAGCUCAGGCCAAGGCUGCAGUCAUCGUGGGGUGCAUUGGUGUGAUAGCAGAGGUUGAUAAAGCAGCUCUUGCAAAACGCCACCAGCAAGGCUGGCUGAUGGAAGUGACUGACAGCUUGGACCACUGCAUUGAAAGACUCAGAGAAGCAAGGAAAAAGAAAGAGGUGCUCAGUCUUGGUUACCAUGGGAAUGUAGUGGAUCUUUGGGAGCGCCUCGUCUAUGAAUUGGAUACCACAGGAGAGCUAUUGGUAGAUCUCGGGUCAGACCAGACUUCCUGCCAUAACCCAUUUAAUGGUGGAUACUACCCUGUGCAGCUCAGUUUUGUUGAGGCCCAGCAUCUCAUGGCUUCCAACCCACCUGCUUUCAAAGACCUAGUGCAAGAAAGCCUAAGGAGGCAGAUAUCAGCCAUCAACAGGCUGGCCAAAGAAAGGUUCUUCUUUUGGGACUACGGCAAUGCUUUCCUUUUGGAGGCACACAGAGCAGGAGCAGAUGUGGCAAAGAAGGGUGCUAACAAGACAGAAUUCCGCUACCCCUCAUAUGUCCAGCACAUUAUGGGGGACAUAUUCUCCCAGGGAUUUGGACCUUUCCGCUGGGUAUGCACAUCAAGAGACCCCCAGGACCUGGCUGUUACAGACAAGCUGGCCACAUCUGUGCUGGAGAAGGCCAUUGUUGAUGGAGUGAAGGCAUCCGUGAAACUGCAGUAUAUGGACAAUAUCCGAUGGAUCCGAGAAGCCGCCAAGCACCAGCUGGUUGUAGGCUCUCAGGCAAGGAUCCUGUACUCAGACCAGAAGGGCCGUGUGGCCAUUGCUGUGGCCAUUAACCAAGCCAUCGCCAAUGGACAUAUCAAGGCCCCAGUGGUUCUAAGCCGAGAUCACCACGAUGUAAGUGGCACUGACAGCCCCUUUAGAGAGACUUCCAACAUAUAUGAUGGCUCUGCCUUCUGCGCAGAUAUGGCUGUCCAGAACUUUGUGGGAGAUGCCUGCCGAGGGGCCACCUGGGUUGCACUUCACAAUGGAGGGGGUGUAGGCUGGGGUGAGGUGAUCAAUGGUGGAUUUGGCCUCUUGCUGGAUGGAUCCCCAGAGGCUGAGCACAAGGCCAGGAUGAUGCUCAGCUGGGAUGUCUCCAAUGGUGUGGCCCGGCGCUGCUGGUCUGGGAACCCAAAGGCCUAUGAGAUCAUCUGCCAGACGAUGCAAGAGAACAGUGGCUUAGAAGUAACACUUCCCCACGAUGUGAGAGAUGAGCGCAUGCUCCAGCAAGCUCUGCAACCCUGAGAAGAAUCCAGUAGCCACCUGCAGUCCUCUGUCUCCUUUCUUCCCUUGGCUCUCCCCACCCUCCUCACCUCUACACAACUCCUAUACUUCUGAGAUAUACACACAAGCCCUAUGUGGCCCUCAUGGCACUCUAGAUGGGACCCAUUUCAUAGGCAAGGCCCAGAGAAGUGAUACCACUUGUCUAUGACCUACUGCUUGACGAGGUCCCCAGGAAGGGUAGUUUAUGCCUUGCUCAGGGCCAAGUCCUCAGGCCUCCUAUGGUGUGGACACUAACUGUGAGGCGACUGCCAUGAAUUGGCCAAGCUGGGCACUACCUGGUCUUUCCUAAGCCUCCCCAAGUUCUCUUUGGGUUUUACCACUUCACUCUACUUCCUGUCUACCUGUCCAGUGCUGUUCUUCUGUCUGCCCAUUUAUCUGGACCUUGGCACCCCAGGAUUAGGGAUAAAACGGAGGAGUUUAUGGAUGAAGAUAAACAGGAAAUAAAGGAAAGAAUUAAA